AUGACUUCCUUCAAGGACUGCCUUCGCGAGGUACGCGAGGCCGCCACGGAGCAUCUCGAGGGGUACCGCGGCGGCGACACAGAGAAAGCACUGCAGCACAUUCCACGCGAGGAGGCUCUGACGACGAUCUCGCUUGUAGCGAUUCGGCUCCUGGAGCAGGAGCUGCCGAAGCGCGGUGCCGGCAACGACGCCAGUCAGCACGAGCUGCACGCACAACUGAGGGCAUGCCGCAAGGCCCUCAAGUCUCACAGCGCACGCUCCGCCGCCGGAGACGAAGGCACCUCGGACAAGAAGCGUCGCCGGACCGAGGAGUCUACUGAAGCGCCAACCUCCUCCUCGUACCGCGGCAGCGCUACAGCAGACCGAUCGGGGACUUCCAAUUCGAUCGAGCUGGGGCAAUACGCGUCUUCCGAUGCCUUCGACCAGAACGAGCAGAAGCGAAUGAAGUUUGCGCGCCUCAUGGGCGGGGCAAAGGUGGCUGCUCAGGGGACGGGCGGCGCUGGCGGACACUCGCGCCACAAUACUUUUGCCGCGAGCAACGCCGAGUUGAAGCGCAUGAACGCGAACCUAGAGUCGCAGUUCGAGUCUGCUAUGAGUCACAAGGGCAAGAAGGGGCUCGGGGCGUGA